AUGGAUAUUCUACAGCGCCUCGCGCGGUUCCUCGACCGUCCGCUAUUCCCCUGGAAGAAGCUAAUUAUCGGGUUCUCUGUUGCCCAAUUCCUGUUCGAAGGUGUCCUCGGUAUUCGCCAGUAUCGUGUCUUGACCAAGACCAAGCCCCCCGCCGUUCUCCAGCAUGAAGUCACACAAGAGGUUUUCGACAAGAGCCAGGCCUAUGGACGCGCCAAGGCCAAGUUCUCUCUGAUCAACGGUCUCUACGGUCAAAUCCAAAACUUCGCAUUCUACCACUUCGAUAUUCUCCCCAAGCUCUGGUCAUGGUCUGGCAACCUACUCCUUCGCUUCGCACCCACUCGGUUCACCGGCGAAAUCUCGCAAUCUAUCGUGUUCAUUCUGGCCUUCAUCUUCAUCCACCAAGUCGUCUCGCUCCCGUCCAACAUCUACCAGACAUUUGUUCUGGAGGAGAAGUUUGGAUUCAACAAGCAGACCCCGAAGCUCUUCGUCACGGAUAUGAUCAAGUCCAACCUGUUGGCUGUGGUUUUGACUCCUCCCAUUCUUGCCGGUUUCCUCGCCAUCAUUAAGAAGACUGGCAGCCAGUUCUUCUAUUACCUCUGGAUGUUCGGCGCUGGUCUUCAGGUCUUCAUGAUUACGAUUUACCCCAUUGCUAUCCUGCCACUGUUCAACAAACUUUCUCCCCUGGAGGAAGGCAAGCUCAAGACCGACGUUGAGGACCUCGCCAAGAAGCUCAAGUUCCCCCUUCACGAACUCCACGUCAUCGAUGGCAGCAAGCGCAGCGCUCACAGCAACGCCUAUUUUUUUGGUCUCCCCUGGAAGAAGCACAUUGUUAUCUACGACACUCUGAUUGAGAAGAGCGAGACCGAGGAGGUCGUUGCUGUUCUCGCCCACGAACUUGGUCACUGGAGCUUGGGCCACACCACCAAGCUGUUUGGUAUUUCUCAGGCUCACUUCUUCUACAUCUUUGCCCUCUUCUCCGUCUUCGUAAACAACAACUCCCUCUACGCCGAUUUUGGCUUCCACGCCCAGCACCCCAUCAUCGUCGGCUUCCUCCUCUUCAGCGACAUCCUCGGCCCCGCCGACAAUGUCAUCAAGUUCCUCAUGAACAUCCUCAGCCGCCGCUUCGAGUUCCAAGCCGACGCCUUUGCCAACAAUCUGGGGUACAAUGCUGAGCUGGCUUCUUCUCUCAUUAAGCUGCAGAUCCAGAACUUGAGCACCAUGGACGCUGAUUGGGCUUUUGCCGCCUAUCACUUCUCUCAUCCUAUCCUUUCGGAGAGGUUGAAGGCGUUGAACUGGCAGCCUACGGAGAAGGUGGUUGUUAAGGAGACGGUUGGGGAGGAGAAGAAGGAGGACACGGCUGUUACCACUGGGAGGGAUGAGCUUUGA